AUGGACGGCACCGACGACCAAGGGCAGAAGAUCCUCAUCUCAACCUGGAUCCUGCUCGUCCUCUCCGCCGCCUUCCUCCUCGCACGACUGUACUGCAAAUGGACCGCCCACCGUGGCUUCUGGUGGGACGACCACGUCCUAAUCCUCUCAUGGCUCGCCCUCCUCGGCACCGUCCUAACCACAACCUGGAGCGUCCCCCACGGCCUAGGCCAGCACGAAUCCGCCCUGGCACCCACCUCGCUACCUCCGCUGUCCCUCGCCGCCAACCUGACGGCCACGCUGUCCAUCGUCGCCGCCGUGUGGAGCAAGACGUCCUUCGCGCUGACGCUGCUGCGCGUCACGCGCGGCAGCCCCGCGCGGCGCGCGCUGCUGUGGUUCAUCGUCGUGUCCGCAAACGUCGCCAUGGGGCUCAACGCCCUGUUCAUCUGGGUCCGCUGCCUGCCCGUGGCGCGGUCGUGGAACUCCACCGUCCAGGGCACCUGCUGGCCUGAUAAGGUGUAUCUGGCGUAUGGCAUGUUUGCUGCUGGAUACUCGGCUGCCACAGAUUUCGUCCUGGCGCUCCUGCCGUGGCAGAUGGUCUGGAAGCUGCAGAUGAAGGGCAAAGAGAAGGUCGGCGUCGCCGUGGCCAUGAGCAUGGGGAUAUUCGCCGGCGUGACAUCAAUCGUCAAGACACUCGAGAUCCCAGCCCUCGCGGCGGGAGACUUCACAUACAACCUCACCGGCCUCAUAAUAUGGGGCACAGCCGAAUCAGCCGUAACCAUAAUGGCCGCCUCGAUCCCCGUCCUCCGCACCCUCUUCCGCGACCUCCGCGUCUCCAACCGCCGGCGCUCCAACGACCAC